AUGGCAAGCGAUCAAGCCAAGAAUGCUGGUGCUGUAGCACAGGAACAUCACAUGCCACCAUACCAAGCAUACGGUGCCUACUCGCCACCUUUUCCGGUCUACUAUGAUCCGAGCCAUCCUGAGCCAAACGGCGGGCCGCACCCAGCACCCCCGUACAUCUAUCAUUACCCGCCUCCAGGGAUGAUGUAUCCAUUUCCUCCUCCUGGUAGGUCCAGUUUCGUGGCGCCGUUCUCUGUUGUUCUUUCUUACGUUAGACUCGUAGGAUUUCCGCCUUAUGCACCCCCUCCGCAAACUAACUUUCAGCGCGUUAAGCGUAAGCAGGUCAAGAUGGCGUGUACCAACUGCGCGAAUGCCUGCAAGCGUUGUGACGAGCAUCGUCCAUGUGAACGAUGUGUCAAAUAUGGUAUCCCAGAAACGUGCGUUGAUGGUGUGCGGAAGGAGCGACAGAAGGGAAUUAAGCGGGGACCCUAUAAGCGCAAGAACAAGUCCGGCGGCAGCGAUACUGCUACCUCACCUACUCAUAAUCCCAGUUUCGAGACAAACGGAGAUCCAACUUGGCACCCGCCGAACGGUGUAGCACAGGGUUCUGCGACUGCAACUCCUGCACCCUCGUCAAUGCCAACCUUUCCACCUCCGCCACCACCACCAGAGGGGGGAUAUUAUCCGCCCCCAUAUUUCUAUCCUCCCCCUCCUGGUUUUGUACCACCCUCGGAAGGUCAGGCGCCCGUGGAAGGGUCCCCAAAUUCUGGCGUACCUCCUCCGAUGAUGCCUUACUAUAUGCCUCCUCCUGGAUACUAUGGACCGCCAUAUUAUGGCCCUCCUGGCGUGCCGCCGCCCGCCAUGGAUCCAGCUCAGGCUGAGCUUCAAAGGACAUCUGGCCCGCCUAUAGAUCAUGAUCCUGAUGUCGAAGAAAUACCGCCGCCUGCUCCGAAGACAAAUUCAAAGAAGAGAUCUAGAGUGGGGAAAGAUGGACAGCCGAAAGCGAAGAAGACUAAGGUCGCCGCUGUCGUGCAAGAAUCUUCAACUUCUAGUGGAACGACGGGAGGGAGCGACCAGGCUUCAGAACCUGGACAUGGCAGCCCAGCUGAGAUUGGUGACGCAUGA